AUGGGAUACGACGAUAAUAAUAAUCAACAAAAUCAACAACAACAACAACAACAACAAAAUGUUAACACACCAUUGAAUACUGGUUAUCAAACACCAAACUAUAUCAGUGGACCAGCUGUUAAUGAUGGAUUCUCUUUAGGUCCAAAUGCUUACCAAUAUAUGCCGAUUGUUAAUAACAACGCUAAUGUUAACAACAACAACAAUGCUAAUAACGGUAGCAACAAUAAUAUGGGUGUAUACUAUGGAUAUCCAGGUCAAUUCCAACCAGGUCCACCACCCCCAGGUUUCGUAUACCAACAAUACGUUCCAGCCAACGGUGCCAUCAUCACCACUGCCACCGUUCACUCUUCGAGCAACAACCACGGUAGUGACUCUAGUCUCGAUGAACACAGCACAGAGAAUUGCAAGAGAAGAGGAUACUUCCACGCCGAAGAGGUCACCGGUGCUCUUAUCAUCUUCCUCUGCGGUUUCUUCUUGACCUGCAUCUGGUUGGCCGGUUGCAUCUACUUCAAAUCCAAGAACAGUACUGCUCGUGCACUCGGUAUCCUCUCGGUCAUCUUGUUCACCGUCUUCACAAUCAUCUCUGUCGUUUUAAUCUCAAUCAUCUUCACCCAAGCAGGCAACACCGAUAACAACUCAUCGUCCGGUUGUCGUGUAUCUGAAUCUCCAUUAGUCUUUGAAAGUCUGCUAUUGGACUUUCAAAUUCUCCACCAAUAUCCAUUAUACACAUUUUGUCAAGGAAUUCUUUUGGAUUUUUCGUGUCAAAGAAAAAUUAAAACUAUUAAAUAA